AUGCGCUCAUAUACAGCGCUGGCCCUCGGGCUAACUCUUGCUCAUCACGCGGCUGGCCGAGUGGCCAACCCGCCUACAGAUCUUGAGCUUCAGCAGCGCGAAGUGCCCCAGCAAAAUGCCGUCCGCAGGAUCUUUAAUCGUUUGUUCAAAAAGGCAGCGGCAGCGACUUGCUAUCAAGAUAACUAUUACGAUUUCGUCCACGACCCGAGCUUUGGCCAGGACUUCUGCAAAGCAUACAUCACAUAUCCCAACACGACUGUUGUCGUGACCAAAACUCCUGCCAGCACCUUCUACUCUACGUACACAACACAAUGGUUCACCGAAGAGAGUGUCACCACUGUACCUGCUGCUACUGUCACGGUCACCGGCAGUGCCGGCUUGAGCGCUAGAAACGCUGCUCCUGAGCCCGCAGCACUCUCCGAUGCGCAGAUGGCCGAGGCUCUUGACUCUUUUCGCAGACAAACAAAUGCCCAGGGCUCCGAUGCAAGCAUGUCAGCGUCUUUCUCGAGUGCAUGCGCUUGCCAAAACUUCGCCGGGCCAACAGUCACCGCAACACGCACAGGCAAACCAAAUGUGUUCACCAUCUCUGCGUACGACCAAGAGACCACCACGAUCGUUUCUACAGUCUCAGCAGGCACUGUGACCAGCACGGUCGCACCAAGUGUCAGUGCUUCGUCAUCCAGCUCAUCUGUCUCUGUGGCGCCUGCUCCUGGUCCAACCGCGCCUCCUUUCACAUGUCCACAGGACAACGGUGCCAUCGUUGUGCAGCUCAUCGGCGUUGCAAGAUAUCAAUACCUUAUUCAAUGCGAUACAGAUAUCACUGAUGCCAACUUCUACGGCAUUCUCUCGUACAACAGCUACUCGGAAUGUGGUGCAGCUUGCUCGACCGCCAACAUGCGAUCUGGCAGUUCCGUCUGCCAGGGAUUUUCCUACUACGAUGCGCCUAGCAAUCAGGGCUAUAACUGCUUCCUGAAGGGAACAGCCAACCGUACCACCGCAGCGGUGGGCGUCGACAGUGGUAUACUGCUGGUUCCAUGUGGUACACCACUUACUACACCGCCUACUCGCUAUCAUGGGCUUCGGCUACAACUGUAUACGCGAGCUCCGCAACAGGGGUAUACAUCAGCAACUCGAGUUCAAGCGGAACAGAAUAUGGACCCGCUAGCUCUAAUGGCAACUAUUACACCAUCACUACUACCAACUACACUCAAAACUAUCCAGAAGGCUACAACGUAACGCAGAUCACUGCAAACAACACCUUCAAUGCCGGCGGCACUCAACUCUCUGGUCAGACAGUAACCUCAUACUUUUCCUACGCGACUGGUAGCUCAAGCUCCGGCAGUGGAAGUAACAUUGCGAGCAAUAUCGCUGGCAUUGUGACUGCUACAUCCGCCUGGACCAGUUUGCUUUCCACUGGCGUCGUAGUGUCAGGCGGCGGUGGCGCUAACGGAGGUGGCAACGGGGGUCAGGCGUCUGGAGUCUUGCAAACACCAGCACCCGUCAUUAUCAGCACUGGCGGCGGUACAGCCUACAGCACUGGAUUUGCGGCCUCGGGCGUGGCAGGUGGCAGCGGCGGCGCAAGUGGUACUGCUGCUUCGGGACUCUUGCCCUCGAAUGCCACAUCCUCCGUACCCAUCAUCACACUGACUUCCGUCACCUCCGGUCAGACAGGUAUUGUGGGUGCUAGCUCAUUCAUCGGAUCUGGUGUUAUCUCGUCUUCCGGAGCGGGCUUUACCCCAAUCACAGUCAUUAGCGGCGGCAGUGGUCUCAGUGGCGCGUCUUCGUCAUUUGAUUCCGGGAUUGUUCCAUCGUCUGGAUCUCCGUUUACUCCUGUGUCUAUCCUCAGUAGCGGAGGCGGUACUAGUGGCGUCUCCUCAACAGCUGCCUCUGGAAUAUUGCCCAGCUCUGGCUUGUCAAUCACUCCCAGUUCCAUGACGAGCGGCGCUUCCGGCACUUCUGGUGCGAGUUCCUCCGUGGCCUCAGGUGGGUUCUCAUUCAGCAACACCAAUGGUCUUCGAUCAGCAACACAGAGUUCCUCUGCCACUGCAGCAUCUGGCUUGAUUUCAUCCUCAGUGCCUUUGAGCUUACUGAGCACGACCUCGACCUCCACUCCCCUGAUCCUCACCGAGAGUAUUCCUGUUGUCACAGGGUCGGUACCCUUCAGCGCUCCAAGCGGACCUCGUAGCGGCACCAUAUCACCAAGUUCCAACUCUUCAGCGCCAUCCACUACGGGUUCGUCUACGCCACCGCAAGCCUUUACGACAACUUACACGGAGUCGUUUCCGAUCGACACUACCCUCAAACUCCCUCCUUUUACCAACUCCAUACGCUCUCGCUCCGGCUCUCUCUUCUCAAAGACAAGUUCAAUCGGAUCGGGAGCGUCCUCAUUCUUCCCAUCUGGUGCAACAAGCGUAUCUUUGCCAUCGUUGGGAUUCCCAUCGUCGACAGGCUCUGUACCGUUCAACGCAUCAACUGGUCGCCGAUCUGGUACUUUGUCAACAUCUUCGACAUUUCCAUCAUCUACCGGCUCAGUGCCAUUCAGCGCACCUACCGGGUCACGCUCUGGUAGUCUUCCCUCGUCUGGGUUCCCAGCAUUUAACACCUCGAUGCCUUUCAGCGCACCUACCGGGUCGCGCUCCGGCAGUCUCCCCUCGUCGGGUUUCCCGGCAUCUAGCACCUCGAUGCCUUUCAGCGCGCCAACCGGGUCGCGGUCCGGUUCUCUGCCAGCACCAUCAAGCUCACGCACCGCUCCAUUUGGCACCGCGCCAUCUUCGUCGAGAACCUUCAGCGCUCCCACGGGCUCGCGCAGCGGCACAGCUCCCCUCUCUUUCCCACCUUUCCCCACUGCGAGCGCCAAUGGUAGUUGUGUGACCCAGAUCAUGGGCACGAUGACCAUGUUCACCACCGUCACCGAGUAUGGUUGUUACUCCAAUUGCCCAGCAGGAAACUAUGGUGGUGGUCCCCGCGAUUCGCCAAAGACUUUUG